AUAAUGAAUGUGGAUUAGAAGGGAUAUGUCCUUACUGCUUCCAGUUCCUGGUUCCUGAUAGCUACCGGGUGCGUCUCAAACCAAAGAUGAAAGUGACUCCACAGAUAGAGAAAAUUCUUAAACGAGAGGCGAAGAACCAUAAACUUAAUAUGAAACAGACAAAGCUUUUGAAAAAAUACAGGGAGUCGAGAAGCGUUCUGCUGGUUACUUGCAGCUCGUGCAACAAAACAACAAGACAUUAUGGUAAAAGCAGGGAUUUUCUGGCUACCAAGACACACAGUUCUGGCACUCCAAGUAUUAAAUCUAGCCUGAGGACACCAGAUGUAAAAAUUCAGUCUGCAAACAAAGUGACACCUGUAAGCUGCAAGAAGUUGGGAUCUAAAGGGAACAGUCCUUCAUCGCUUUCCAGAACAUGUGUAUCCAGACAGGCGACAACCAGCUCUGCUUCCAAGACUCCACGAAACUCCAAGUUUCACUUUUCUAAGCUAAAACGGAUGCUUGACCUACAAGAAAAAGAGAAAAGCCAGAAGGCGGAUUUGCAAACCUUCUUGAGUUUACUUUAGCGAUACAAGUUUACUUUAGUGAUACAUUAUUUCAAAGUAAUAAAGGUUACAGCAAUAAGUAUUGUUCCA